AUGCAAUUCCUUACUUUCGCUACCCUUGCCUCCGUCGCUCUCGCUCAAGCUGUUUCUCAAAUCAGUGAUGGUCAAAUCCAAGCCACCACCGGUACCGAGGCUUCCGUUGAGGUUGUUUCCCAAAUCACCGAUGGCCAAGUCCAAGCCACCACCGCCACUGAGGCUGCUGAGGAGACCACUGCUGCUACUGUUGAGGUUGUUUCCCAAAUCACUGACGGUCAAGUCCAAGCCACCACUGCUACUGAGGCUGCUGAGGAGACCACUCUUGAGGUUGUUUCCCAAAUCACUGACGGUCAAGUCCAAGCUACCACUGCUACUAUCGAGACUCAGACCGGUGCUGGUGCUCAAUUGAAGGCUGCUGGUGCCAUCGCUGCUGGUGUCGCUAUGUUCUUGAUCUAA